GCUACAGUAACGUGUCUUAAGGAGGGAUUUAGGCAAUCUGAGUUUUAGAGUGUCGGAUCGUCGUCGAGUGGUGCUAACAUGCUAAUAUGAAGGCUGAGAAUACUUGUCGUUAUAAAACAGAAAGCAAUGAGUAGAAAGGAUAGUAUUUUCGAGGGGAGAAGCUGAAAAGACCAGUGUGGAACUAAUGUGAAAGUUUCUAACUUUAGUUAAAACUCUGUUCAGCUGCCUGCUAGCCCGCUAACGGCUUAUUGAACUGCUAGCAGUUCAGAAAAGUUCGUGGAGAUAGCAGGCGGAGCCAAGACAGGUCAGGCGUUAGACGGAUCCGUGACGGUGGCGGGUGCAAAACAGUCCCCGAUCCUGUCUGCCUUGUUCAGGAUGAGCCAGGACUCUGAGCUGCUGGGAGCCGUUGAGUUUAUCAAAGAGCGCCUGUAUUUCGCCACGUUACGCAGUAAACCCAAAAGCACAGCCAACACACACUACUUCUGCACUGAUGACGAGUUUGUGUAUGAAAACUUCUACGCAGACUUUGGGCCUCUGAACCUGGCCAUGUUGUACCGAUACUGCUGCAAGCUCAACAAGAAGCUCAAGUCAUUCACACUGACCAGGAAGCGAAUUGUUCAUUACACCAGCUUCGAUCAAAGGAAGAGAUCCAACGCGGCUGUGCUGAUUGGUGGCUAUGCUGUGAUUUACUUGAAGAAGACCCCAGAAGAAGCCUACAGAGCUUUGAUCUCAGGCUCAAAUGCUGCUUACCUGCCUUUCAGGGAUGCUUCUUUUGGGAAUUGCACCUUCAACCUGACUGUGUUGGACUGCUUGCAGGGCAUCAGGAAGGCUCUGCAGCAUGGCUUCUUCAACUUCGAAACCUUUGAUGUAGACGAGUACGAACACUAUGAGCGCGUGGAGAAUGGAGAUCUGAACUGGAUUGUACCAGGAAAGUUUUUGGCCUUCAGUGGUCCUCAUCCUAAAACUAAAGUUGAGAACGGUUACCCUCUCCAUGCUCCUGAGGCUUACUUCCCAUACUUCAGAAAACACAAUGUGACUACUAUCAUCCGUCUUAACAAGAAGAUCUACGACGCCAAACGCUUCACUGAUGCAGGCUUCAGCCACUACGACCUCUUCUUCCCAGAUGGCACCACACCCAACGACAUCAUCGCACGGCGCUUUCUGCACAUCUGUGAGAAUACAGAUGGUGCUGUGGCCGUCCACUGCAAGGCUGGUCUGGGCAGGACGGGAACUCUAAUUGGCUGUUACCUGAUGAAACAUUACCGCUUCACAGCAGGUGAGGCCAUCGCAUGGAUACGGAUCUGCAGACCGGGCUCUGUGAUUGGACCCCAGCAGAACUUCUUAGAGGAGAAGCAGGCAGCGCUGUGGUCACUCGGAGACAAUCAGCAUUCCCAAAAAGCCAAGCAGGAGGAGAGGGCUAUGCCUCAUCUCAUCACCAGUAUGGAGGAGCUCACAUUAAACCCUACACACAUCAACACAAACCCUAACGGCAACUUGUCCAGAUCGCAGAGCUCCGACCAACUACAUGAGGGUGACCAAACAGACGGUGGGCUGGGCCUGACUCAGGGAGACAAACUGAGAGCCUUAAAGAGCCGACGCUUCCCCCGUCCAGCCACUACUAGUGCCCUGAGAGUGGAGGAGAUAAAUGUGCACAGUAGAUCAGCCUCACAACCACUCAGACUGUCGAUGGGCACCACUUCCCCACUCAAGUCCACCAACUACCCGACAUCCUCCAAUUCUGCUGCAGCCAAGAGGAUCGGGAAGAGUCCAUCAUCAACAAUGUCAAACAUCAGGAGCUCAAAUCUGAGCUCUCGAUUGGCCAGCUCUCUCAGUGAUCUGUACGCUGCUGACACCGAGAAGGACAGGAAGACUCUGUACUCCGCUCUUCCUCCCCCGUCCUCGUCUUCUAUCUCUCUAAGCUCCCCAUCAUCAUCUUUUACUCCACCAUCUGUCUCUCGCUAUGGUAAUGGACCUCGCAGCAUACAGCAUGAAGUCAACAACAACAUCAGUCUAUACAGCAGCCCUGCAGUGCCCCCUACAGGAAAAGGUCUGGUUCAACCAGGGCCUCAGGACUUCAGGCCCUACAGGGGCCCUGGGCCCUACAGCGCAACAAAGGGCCCCUCAGGACGCUACCUGAGCCGCUCCAUACCUUCUCUUCAGUCCGAGUACAUCCAGUACUAAAAAUACCCGACUGACCUGAAGACAUUUUUCUUUUAUUUUUUCUCUCCACAACCCGGCUCCUAAAUUGGAUGUUCAGAGGGAACCUUCAGAUGUUUUCUCUGCCAGGACUGAAUCUCCUGUGAGGUGAUGGCUGCUUGCUCGUCAGACUGUGUAAAUGAGCUGUCUGUAAAUAAAUAGUCCGCACACAUGAAGAUAUAUGUACAUGGAAAAGAUAUAUUUUAUAUUUGUGACAGAAAGUUGUAUUUUUGUUUUAAUGAUCAGUGUAACUUUUUGGUAAAGUGAGGGAUCAGCUGAUGACAAUUUGCUCUGUCAUCAUGGUUACAGUAUUUCCGUCCGGCUUCUGAUAGGUUAAACAGCAUAUUGUUUGGUUGAUGUGACGAUCAGCCCUCUUUUUUUGUGUUUGUGUGUCUAAUUUAAUCUAAAGGAAUACCAUUAUUAAUAGCAGAAGAAUAAGGGACCCAAAAACAGAAUGUCAUUAACUAAGCUCAGGGUGUUAAAGUGAGAAUGGGUGUGAAUGUGUGCGUUGUCUUAAAGAACCAGUUUAGUUUUUUAGCGUCGUGAUUGUAAAAUGAAACCUCACCUCUCUGAAUGAAUUUGUCAGACUGAAUUAAAAGUUUGGUAACAAGGAACCAUUUCCACGUCAGUACAGUUUAGAACAACAAGAAGUUAAUUCAAGGCCAGAUUUCUGAUAUUUUGGCUGCCAUCUUUUAUAUACAGUCUAACCAGUAGAGCUGGAAGGGAAACAAUUUGAAGGAGAUGAACAGUAAAUGGAAAAUGAUUAGCAGGCAGUGAAGCAUGUGGUUGUAUAGUAAUGAGUUUAAGCUGUGGGAUCAGGGUUAGUUUUAGCCAUGUGGACAGCAGACAUCAGCAGACAUGCUCUUUACACUAGAAGCACUUGUUGCUGUGAGUAGCAUCAGGAAGCACUUUGUGUUUAGCUAACGGUGUCAGUCUGAAAAGGGAUUCGUGUGUUUAUGUGGCCCGUAGUGUCCUCUUUUUAGGAAUGACUGUGAUCUUCUGUGUUGUUUUAUGUGGAAAAUAAGUGUUCUGUAUUAUUCUAAAGGUUAUCGCCACAGGAACUUUCUCUAGGAAACAGGAAGUUAAACUUACUUUCUCUGCUGGUACGUCCUCCGAGAAUGAGCCUCUAGAUUAGAACACCUUUUACCUCCGGAAGCCCCCGUGACUUUUUAAAGGUUUAUGAAACAUAGAACCUUUUCUAGCACCUCAGGAUUUUAUUUUAAUUUAAACCUGCAAAAACCCAAAAGUUGGACUCCUGUGUAAAAUGUAAAUAAAUACAAUACAAGGAUUUGCAAAUGUGGUAAACAUUCUUUAUUCUCAUUAUAACACAGAAAACAUGUCUGAGAACAUGAGCUGAGAAAAUGUGCCAUCUAAGAAAAAUAUGAGCAGUGUCAGAAAGAGUGGGACACUUUCACAUUUCCCACAGUGCAGCAUUCCCUCUGCUUCCAACAGCACUCCUCUGGGAGAGGAAUGUUGUGCCUUUCUUGUCUGACAGAGGGUUGUAGCUGCGCAGCACUGCAAAUCAUUGCAUUGAGUCUUUAUUUACAUUUCCAGAGUCCUAACAGUGUCUCUGUAAUUUGGAUUGUGCAUAGAUUAACAACUUAAGCCACAGACAGGAGUGAGAAGGUGUCAUUGCACCAUGUCAUUUCUAUCUGUGUGCAGAGGAGUGAACGUGAGACCACAUCAGCUGACUAAUGUGCUUCACCUUACUGCUGCUUUUAGCCUGCUGUAAAAUACAGGUCACGCUGUGCUGGAUAAAACAAUGCCCUGUGUAACUUUCCUGAAGCUUUAAACGCUUGAUGACGACAUCAGCACAGUGUUGUCUUCCUUUGCACUCAUGGUGUGUGUAAGAAAUGAGUUUAUAUGUCAUUUGUGGCAGAUUCCUGGGUCUUUAACAUUAUCGUGGGCAAAUAAAAUCAAGUCUCCAGCUACCAACCCAGAGAGAUCACUCGUUCUGAAAUCUUUAUUCGAUGGUGAUGUCCCUUGGUUACAUGAUGGUUUAACUAAACUGACGUGAAGUGCCUUAAAUAUCUCAUGGAUGAAAGUCACAUACAGUUCUGAACAAAUUUAUGAGACCACCGGUUUUACACGAGAACAGAUAUUUCAGAAAUAUUUCACAAACUUGUUUAAAACUGAAAAUUACUGAAUUCCCUGAAGUUUUUAUACCCAAACUUGAUCCAGGACAGUGGACUGUGAAUCGAACGUAACGUCCAACCACUGAAACGAAACCAAUUUUUCUGUUUGCAAAUGCAUAUAAAUAAGUGUAAUUUGGCAUCUGGAUCAAAAGGUAAUUUUAUUAAUCUCAUUUCCAAGAGAGACGUGGGAAUAAUUAUGUGCUUUACUGUUUUCUGCUUUUUUUUUUUUUUUUUUUU